UUUGUCGUUGCUUACUUGAUCGUCGUUCAUAAACGUAAAACAAAUCGAAGCGCGUGUACCGCAUGUUUCCAAUUUUCUAAACUAACCGGCGGUUUUUAUUAUUUUCGUAUAAAGUAAUAUUUUCUUGGUAGAGUUGGCUGUGCCACAACACUCACUUAAAGUGGUAGUUUAAGUACGUGAUAAAAGAUUAUUUUCGAUUGAAUGGGUAAACCAGGAUUCUCCCCCCGUGGCGGCGGUGGUGGUCGUGGUGGAGGUGGUGGUCGUGGUGGUCGUGGAGGUUUCGGUAGUCGCGGAGGAGGUGGAGGUGGUCGUGGAGGAGGAGGCGGACGUGGUGGCUUUGGAGGACGCGGUGGAGGAGGUCGUGGUGGUCCUGGUGGACGCGGUCGAGGUGGUGGUCGCGGUGGCGGUGCUAAGGGUGGUGGCUUUAAGGGGGGGAAAACUGUAGUGAUUGAACCACAUCGUCAUGAGGGUGUUUUCAUUGCUCGCGGGAAAGAGGAUGCUCUGGUCACGUUGAAUCUAGUACCUGGAUCAGAAGUUUACGGCGAGAAACGAAUAUCCGUUGAGACGAACGGAGAGAAAAACGAAUACAGAGUGUGGAAUCCGUUCCGAUCAAAACUGGCUGCUGCAGUGCUUGGGGGAGUAGAGAAAAUUCACAUGCCCCCUGGUUCGAAAGUAUUAUACUUAGGGGCUGCAUCUGGUACUACAGUGUCGCACGUCUCUGAUAUUGUCGGACCAGAAGGUUUAGUCUACGCCGUAGAGUUCUCACAUCGCUCGGGUCGAGAUUUAAUAAAUGUGGCCAAAAAACGAACCAACAUUAUACCUAUUAUCGAAGACGCUCGUCAUCCGCAUAAGUAUCGGAUGCUGGUGGGUCUUGUGGACACAGUCUUCGCAGAUGUUGCCCAACCGGAUCAGGCACGUAUCGUUGCCUUGAAUUCUCAUCAAUUUCUGCGAAAUGGCGGUCAUUUUGUGAUUUCCAUCAAAGCAUCCUGCAUUGACUCUACUGCUGUCCCAGAAGCAGUUUUUGCAUCGGAAGUGAAAAAAUUGCAGGCUGAAAAACUUAAGCCUCAGGAACAGAUUACUUUAGAGCCGUAUGAACGCGAUCAUGCCGUUGUCGUAGGUGUGUACAGACCACCACCGAAAAGUACAUCAUGAAUUAUUGUAGCUAUUAAGUCCUAUUUUUUUUCUUUUAAAGUUUACGUUUCAGUAAUGUUAUGACUAGAAACAUGUUUCUAACAGCAAAGAUUCACAAACUAAUGCUUUUGUGAGAUGCAAAUAAUAUAAGUAUAGUACCCAAAUAAAUGUGACACGCGAGAAAAUUCAAAUGAAACA